ACUUCACAGCCUUAAGACAUGUUUCACAGCCAUCUAGAUCGUUGAAUUAAAAGCCACAAUGUCCGACGACUGUGACAAUUGCCAGUGUGGUGAAGUUCGGUAAAGUUUGUAUUUCGAUUUUGCCAGUUUUAUUGUCAUGACGUAACUUGCUGAAUCUGGUUUACUUCUACGGUGAUAAUAAAUCUCUAUAUUAUUGAUAAUAUACGAUAACUUGAAACGUUGACGCAAAACCUGAUCAGUUACGCUGGAAGAUGUCGUACCCAGGGCAACCGCCUAUGGGCAUUCCCGGGAUGCCUCCGAUGCCUUAUAUGGUCGGUGCUCCGCCACCUAUAAUUGGAAGCGUUAUGCCAAUGCCUCAUAUGAUUCCAACACCUGUUUCUGCGAUGCAGACAUCUGCACCUGCCGUUCGUUAUGCUCGAAAUCAAAACCGGCACGACAAUAAUCGUCGGCGAGAGAGAGAGACGGGACCCCCUGUGACAGUUUUCGUUGGCAAUAUCAUGGACAGAGCUCCCGAUGUUAUGAUACGUCAUAUACUAGGCGCAUGCGGCCAUGUUCUCUCCUGGAAACGGGUUCAAGCAUUUGGAUUCUGCGAGUAUGCUGGGCCUGAUGCUGGACUCAGGGCUGUCAGGCUCCUUCACGAUAUGGAGAUCGGAACUAAAAAAUUAGUCGUCAAAGUUGAUGCCAAGACUAAGGUUGUUUUGGACCAGUUCAAAGCUGAAAGACGAAAGAAACUGCGAGGUGGACAAUCACCAUUGCAAGAUGAAACUCCCAGUGAAGGGCUGGACGGUGAUGAAGGUGACGACUACAUGGAUGAGGGAAUGAGGGUCAUGGAUGCGGAUGCAACUACUCGCAUCUCCCAGAUCAUUUCUGAGCAUGCAACAGAACUGGAAAUGGCUCAAGUUGCCCCAGAGGAGCAUCAGACAAAAAUGGUGGCUAAAUCGUUGAAUCUUGAUGACGCGGAAAUAGAAGAAAGCAAGCGGGACCUGAUAACGCGGGAAAUUGGCAAGUUUCGGGAAGUUAUGAAGAAGCAGGAAGAGGAGAAGGCUCAAGUCAAGCGAAAGCGGGAAGCUGUCGAGAAGGAGGAAAGGGAAAAACGUGAGAAGGAACGCAAGGACAGGAAAGAAGAGGAGGCUGGAAACAACAAGGAUGAUCAUGAUGGAUUGGAACCUGGCAGUCCUUCCACACCUCCGAUCGGUGGAUCUGGUUCCGCCGUUUCAAAAGGUCGCAGCAGCAGCAGCGCUAGCAGUAGGAGAGAUAAACGCCGUUCAAAGUCCAGGUCGAAGGAACGCGACAGGGAAAGAGAGCGUCAAAGAAGUGAGCGAGAACGGGAUAGAGACAGGGAUCGUGAAAGGGAGCGAGAGCGGGACAGAGACAGAGACCGCGAAAGGGAGAGAGAUAGGGAUCGAGAACGGGACAGAGACAACAGAGAGAGGGAGAGAGAGCGAGAGAGGGAGGAGGCGCGAAAAAGUGAAAGGGAAAUAUUGCGGGAAAGAGAGGAGGAGGAGGAGGCCAAGGAAAGGAAGAAGAACGAGAGACGUGCGAGAGAAAAGGAGGCAGCUUAUCAAGAACGGUUGCGAGCUUGGGAAACUAGGGAGCGCAGGAAGCAGAAAGAGUGGGAAAAGGAAGCGGAGAAAAACAGGGCGAAGCAAGAGGCAAGGGAGAGAGAGGCAAAACGACUCAAGGAAUUUUUGGAAGAUUACGACGAUGAUCGUGACGACACUAAAUACUACAAGAGCAAAGAAUUGUCACGACGUCUUGAGGAGCGUGCUCUUGAAGCCGAAGCCGACUCCCGUGAUCGUUGCGCCGAACGUCAAGAGCUGCAGCGUCUCAGAGACAAACUCUAUGCAGAUUCAACAUAUACAGAUCCGGCUGCUGAAUUCGAGAGGUUAAAAGCUGAGCGAGAGGAACAGUACAAGCCUAAACCUGUAAUAACAAUAAUCGACGAGGAGGAUGAAAAGUCAGUAAAAAAGGAAAAGGAGACCUCGAUGCCGCCGAUAGAAACGGAACCGAUCGACAGUGACAGUGACGACGGUGUUCACUUUGACGACGCCCCGCCUGCAGAGGCUCCUUCGAGGACACCUCCACGUCAUCACCAUCACCACAGACGUCAUCACCGCCAUCAUCAGAAUCAUCAUCGCGAUGAUAACGACGACGGAAACGACGACGAUAUUAGUGAAGUUGACAGGGAUAGUAUUAAGGAUAAAAUUAACUCACCGUCUUUGCAAUCGCAGCCAACUACUGCUCAAUCUUUACCCGUUAAUCACGACGAAGACUCUCGCAUGUCGCUUGUCAGCGAACCGGAGAAAUCCAGCGGCGGAAACUUUGUACCCUUCGCAAUGGGCAGCGGAGGGGCGAAGGGCGGUGGCGGAGUUGAUCACACUCCGGGAAACAAAACGCCGGCCAGUCCGAAUUCCGCUGUAAAUCCUAAUCCUCAGCAGGCCAGUCAGCCAAAGAAAAAAGGGCGGAUAGAUGUUAAGGACGUUUUUAACAACGACGACGACGAUGAUGGUACUAACAACACGAAGAAAAGGAAACUAGUUCCACUAGAUUAUGGCGAGGAAAAGAAGAAAAAAGGAAACGAAGACGCUUCUAAGGCUGGUGGUAAGGAAGAGAGCACCAAGAGUCAGGAGGAAAAGCGCAAGCACAUUAAAUCACUAAUAGACAAAAUACCAACUGACAAAAAUGCUCUGUUUGGUUAUCAGCUUGAUUGGGCUGUUAUUGACAAUAUGCUAAUGGAGAAGAGAAUACGACCGUGGAUAAACAAAAAAAUCAUCGAAUAUAUUGGAGAGCCGGAACCGACACUGGUCGACUUCAUUUGUAGCAAAGUAAUGGCCGGUAGUUCUCCUCAGGGAAUACUGGAUGACGUACAAAUGGUGCUAGAUGAAGAGGCAGAAGUUUUCGUAGUAAAAAUGUGGAGGUUACUGAUCUACGAAGUUGAGGCUAAAAAAAUGGGGCUAGUUAAAUAGUGCGCGAAUAUUGUAAUUGAGCAGAAUCGUUGUUGUUCUUCCUCUUUCUUUUCUUCUAUUUUUUUUUUUUUUUUCAAAUCUUUUUUUUUGUAACCUUCGUUGUCAAGUUCACAUAACAACCUUGACAAAAGUGCUAUGCUAUUAAUGCUUCUGCGCGAGUAUUUCAAUAGAGAUCAUCAAACCGCGGAGCUGAACGAGAAGAAUUCCUUCUGAAAUAAUUUCUGGAUAAAAUUUUUAUUGAUAUAAAAGAAAACAAAAAAAACAAAAAUAUUUGGGUAUCGCAUUACACAUGAAUACUUAAUCGUCGUAUAUAUAAAUAUAUUAUCAUAAUUGUUAGUCCGGAAAAAUUAAUUUGUGGAAAAAGAAGCAAAAAAGAAAAAAAAAAACAAAUCCGAUAGCGACCUUUUUUAAUUAUCACCAAAAAAUCCGGUGACUGUGUGUGAGAUUAUAUGUGUAGCGGUUUAUUCGUUGAAAAAAAAAAAAUAAUAACAAUUUGUAAUUAUCAUCAGUCAUAAUUGUAUCUAUAUACGGUUAUAUGACCUACGUAUCUUUCUUUUCUGAAAUUCUGUAAAUCUCUAUCGAUUUUGGUUCGACACGGUAUCCACCUAAUUCGCGAUCAUGCGAGAUAGGUAAAAAAUUAUCUUGCAAAUUAUAGGGGUCAUAAAUUUCAUCACGAUUAAUAAAUUUUCUCAUUUACUCGAAAAUUUGAGAAAUCAACAGAGGUAAGACGCUAUAUCCGUCCGUACUCAAAUGUUUAACUGUCCGUAAAUGCUUUGCGUUUAAUUUUUUUCUACGUCAAUCUAUAGUUCGAUGUUUCAUACACGGCGCAUUAUUUAGUCGAUCGUGUUUAUUACGUUCCAAUUUCAUUAGGAAGUUAAAAGUCAGGAAGUUUUUUAGUCUAACGAUCGUUCAUCAACAUAAAGAAUGGAUGAUAGUGAAUACGUAUGAUAAAUAAUAAACGCCUCCAUACCAGCUCUAAAAAAAACCGUAUUAAAACAAUUUAUUUGUUUUGUUAUCAUAAAUAGUAUUCGUAAUAUUAUUUUUUUUCCUCGGAUUAUGCGUCAACGAUCCUCCAAUUCUGCGUAAAAUUAGGAUUUCGUUGAAUAACCCAAAGUUCAGCUGAAGUCUGACAGAUGUCCUUGCUAAUACUAAAACGUGAGCUUCCUAGAAUGAAGAAAACAAUAUUAGGAAAUAAAGAUUCAAAAGGUACAACAAAAGUGAAUCGUGUUAAAUGUUGUGAUUAUUAUUAUUACUAAAAAUUUUAGCUCUUUAUAAAUUCAUCCCGUAAUAUAUUGUUCCAAUCUAAAUCGUUUACAACUCAUUAUGAUAUCAGUUCUUGUCGAAAUUCUUUAAAAUGAUAAUAUUAACAUUUAAACAUCACGAAUUUUUCAACUUUGUAUUCUCUACAUUACUAUCGGACGUUCGCAUUUUUAAUCCUUGAUAGUUUAGUUCAGUUCAGUUUGUAGAUGUUGCAAUACGGAAUACCGGUAAAAAUUUACGUACGAGGUAAAUUUCUAAUUGUAAGUAGUAAACGGUACUGAGAAAGAAACGGAUACACGUGAAAGAAAAAAAAAAAAAAACAA